AUGGUACGAAGCUAUUCAUUCCCAGGCGUGGCAGUCAUCACUGGGGCCGGCGGAACAGGAAUCGGCGCAGCCGUCACAGAAGCCUUUGCCUCAGCAGGCUGCGAGAGAAUUGCCAUCACAGACAUCAAUGAGACUUCGUUGCGAAAGACGGAAGCGAGAAUACUCUCCGCCUAUCCCGACAUCCGCCUCGUAGUAAGAGCAGGUGAUGUCACCGACGAGCAAUUCGACGACUUUUUCAUGGACGAGGUGGUAAGCACAUUUGGCCGGCUCGAUUACGCAGUAAACUGUGUGGGAGUACUUGGGGAGCCCCUCCGUUCGACAGAGACAAGCACGGAGAUCUUUGACAAGAUCAACAACAUCAAUUACAGAGGAUGCUGGUUGUCUUCGCGCGCGGAGCUGAAGCAAAUGCUCAAGCAGGAUCCGCUACCAAGCCAUGAUCCCCGCCGUGGGCCACAGCGGGGGAGCAUUGUCAAUAUCGCUAGCCAGCUGGGGAUUGUUUCGCGUGCUCGUGCCCCUGCAUAUUGCGCCUCUAAAGCUGCUAUCAUCGGAAUGACUCGUGCCGAUGCAAUUGACUAUUCCGCAGACGGUAUCCGUGUCAAUUGCAUCUGCCCGGGAGUCAUUGAAACGCCCAUGACAACUAAUAGUGAAGAGGUACGCCAGCAGCUGCAACCUGCUGUGGAGAUUGCCCCGAUGAGACGAAUGGGGCAGCCGGAAGAGGUGGCAGAUACAGUUCUCUUUCUCUGUUCGAGCUUCGCCUCUUUCAUUCAGGGCCAUGCCCUCGUUGUUGAUGGAGGAUACGUAAUCAACUGA